ACUAUGACCCAGAUUUGUAGCUAUAAUCAGAGUGUAGAUUUUGCUUCGUGUCGCUUGGUGGCGCUGUUUAGAAUUAAUUUCUUCAAAUCCAACAGAGCGCUUUAAAUUCUUCAGGUAAACAACGUGUGGUGACCUUCAAAAUAAAAUACCUUAGAAUUUCUUUUGUAAAGGUUGACUGUCAGAACACGUGAUGGACAUUGUUUCAUAAAAAUAUUGAAAUUUUUUCGUAAUCUGACGAGCAAUCCAAGCUUUAAUCGAGUAUCAUAGACGUAUAAUUAAAGAAAAAGAAAAUGAUUUUAUUUUGCAGAGUCAUAACCGGAACUAGCAGUCCACAUUUCCGUGACUUUACCAGUGGACCGUGUCCCAGUCAAAACAAUGCAGCCGCGCUGGCCUGCUGCUGCAGCUGCACUUAGCUUUAAAUCUCCAGCAAAUUAUUAACGUCUGCGUGCAGUCAGCCCACCGCCUGGUGCUUCUCCUCGGCGGGGUUACGUCGAGUCACUCCUGCGGUGAUUUCUCCCCUCAGCUGUGCGCAUUUAGGCGUUUAUUCGUGGGUGUUUCUCAUCGAGUUCACGGCGACGGCUGGAAAUGGAAACUGCUAACAGGCGUCUGCUGCUAGGUAGCCUGAGAGUAGUGGAGGGGAGCGGCUAAAAACAGGGAUUUUUUUUUUUUUCCCUUUCUUGUGGAAAAAAGGGAGUAUAAGCGAGUUAAACACGCUCCCGGUGGUUUUGCCUUUUAGCAUGGUGGGGUAGGAGGCUCCAGCGUUGAAACUAUCGGGCUCAUCCGACCUACCGACUCACAGCUCGCUCUCACCCCGGGGAGGCUCGUCAUGGCCCCGGGAUCGCUGGUGGCGGCCUGCCGCAGCCUGGCCCUCUCUACGUGGCUGCUCUCCUUCUGCUUCGUCCACCUGCUGUGCCUGGACUUCACCGUGGCCGAGCGGGAGGAGUGGUACACCGCCUUCGUCAACAUCACCUACGUGGACCCGGCCACCUCGGAGCUGCGCACCGAGAAGACUGAGUGCGGGCGAUAUGGCGAGCACUCUCCGAAGCGGGACGCCAAGGGGGUGUUGGUCCUGCCCGCAGCACCGCUCGACCGCCAGGCCUGCGACCCCAACACCCGCUUUGCGGUGCCCGCUCAGGCCGGGGCCUGGGUGGCGCUCAUAGCCCGGGGCAACUGCACUUACAAGGACAAGAUCCGCCACGCUGCAGCCCACAACGCCUCUGCGGUGGUCAUCUUUAAUGUGGGCUCCACCAACACUAACGACACCAUCACCAUGCCUCACUCAGGUGUGAGCGAGGUCGUCGCCAUCAUGAUCCCGGAGCCAAAAGGCCGUGAGAUCGUAUCGCUGUUGGAGCGAAAUGUGACUGUCACCAUGACGAUCACCAUCGGGACGAGGAACCUGCAGAAGUACGUGAGCAGGACGUCUGUGGUGUUCGUAUCGAUCUCCUUCAUCGUGCUGAUGAUCAUCUCCCUCGCCUGGCUCGUCUUCUACUACAUCCAGAGGUUCAGAUACGCCAACGCGCGAGACCGGAACCAGCGGCGUCUUGGUGACGCAGCGAAGAAGGCCAUCAGUAAGCUGCAGCUUCGCACCAUCAGGAAGGGCGACCAGGAGACCGAGCCCGACUUUGACAACUGUGCCGUCUGCAUCGAGGGCUACAAGGCCAACGACGUGGUCCGCAUCCUGCCCUGCAGACAUUUGUUUCAUAAGAGCUGCGUGGAUCCGUGGCUACUGGACCACCGCACAUGUCCCAUGUGCAAGAUGAACAUCCUGAAAGCUCUGGGCAUCGCUUUGAACGCAGACUGUCUGGACGACCUGCCUCUGGACUACGACCUUGACCUGGGCCGUGUAAGUGGGGUGGGCGGCGUUGGGGCUCUGGCACUAGAAGCGGUGGUGUCCGGGGCAUCCAGCGACGGCACGCUGAGCGAGGGCGGCUCCUCUGUGGUGCUGGACCCCGGCGUGCGGCGGGUGGGGCUCCCACAGGACUACCAGGACCCUGACACCCUGAGGGACAGCCCUGUGACCGCCACCACAGACACCCACACAGGUGAGCUCCAGCCAAUGGCGAGCAGCGCCUCAGUGGCAUCAUUUGUCAUCGCUGUGGAAACGGGUCUGUCAGAUGAGGAAUUGUCUUUGGAGCAACCUCAGUUGGUGGACAAGUCCUGAGAGCAGCACAGCAGAACCUAACCAGAACCGGCCCAAACCAGACUCUAAUCAGGUUCAGAUUAGCUAAAUAACAGACCUGACUGUUAUAUUUAAAAAAAACAAAAUGAUGAAAGAGAAAAAAAAUGUAUCUGAACCAAACCUGACCGCAUUCGACUGAGCUAAACCUGAGCUAGGCCUAGGAUCUGGUUCUGGUUUUCUCUCUUUCCAAGUGGAUGCUAAACCCAGAUCCAACACCAGGGUUCUUCUGGGCUCGUCUACAUGGAUAUGUGAUACAAGAUUUCGCCAAACCAACUUGUCUGGACCAGAAAUAUUGGAACUAAGUUAAGUGGGUGUUUCCAGUGUGUCUCAGUCCUUUCCUUGGUUCUUGAUUUAACCAGGUUUUUUCUCCAGUGCAACUCAGUCUGCAGAUGUCUUGGUUAAAUGCAGCUCUGCCUCAGUUUCUAAAAACAGCCAGACUCGCAUCUUGAUAUCCUUACGAACCUUUCGUUGACCCUGACAAGCUUCCGCAGUAUAGAUCGAGUCCUUCAUUUCAAAUGCCACCAAACUUUUCAAGACUUUUUUUGGUCUCCUGACUUUGAGGACUUUCAAGCAGCAUUAGGUUGUAUUUCUGUAUGCAGUCCGUGAAUAUAGAGUAAGGUUUUGUUCGGUAACUUUUCUCUGGAUCUCCUGGAAUAUUCUCUGUUACCUGGUUUUCCCGAAUAGGGAAGCACAACAGCUAAACCAAUCAUGAUGGACUGCUCGCUUCCUCUCCAGGUCCGCAUUAUUAGAAAACUGUUAAAUCUGCUUAUUUUAAUUUGCCUGCAAAAAGGCCAGGCACUGUUUCGUGAUGUGUGUGUGAGUAUCUGCGGUGGAUGAUUUACAUUUUGCAAAGGUGGACAUUUAUUUUGAAAGGACACAAGCUACUCUGAGCAGUGGCUUUUUUUCAGUCUGUAGUUUAUGUAAAGAGGUAGCUUUGUCCUGAAAUAAUUACUACCACAGUUUGACUGCAGUAUUGAACGGCAAUUACACGCAGUAUUGUUUUAUUUUAAUUUCCCCCCCUUUUUCCCCGUCUGUGUUAUUCUAGGCUUCGUUAUCUUAACAAUACUCUGACAGUAUUUAGUUUGGAUGCUUUCUGUCCACAGUUGGGUUUCCAAACAGGGUUCCUAUGUUUGUCUGCAAGAGCGAUGACGUUUAAACCACAUUUUGGUUUGUAGAUUACGGUUCUCCACAGAAAAUUCUGGAUUGUUGUAGCGGUGGCAUUUCAGUACAAGAGGUUCAUAUGGAGGCAAUACAUCGUGCACCCUGGGUAAUCGGGUCAAUAGACAUCCUGUUAUGUUUCAAUCAGCUUUUAAAAUAUUUAAAACAGUCAGACCUUAGAAGGUGAAAACAAUUUCAGAAAAUGGGAUGAAAAUGUGACAUUUUUGAGAUUUCUUCUUCAAACCCAUAAUCACAAAAUACAAUUGCAAUAAAGGUAGCAGUCGAGUCCAUACUUCGGCCAGUGCCGGGUCAGAUAAUGUUUUUAUUGGCAUGCCAUUUGGGAAAAUUCUAUCACCACGGUGCACGAGAAGGGAAUAACAGAAGUUUAAAAACUCCAACGCUUGCAGUUGGUGUGCUGUAUUCCUUUAACAUCAGAAGUUCGAGUUGGGAUCGAAGUUUAGAGUUGACCACGUUCCAGCUGUAGUAGUUGGAAUGACGGGCUUAUUUUGUUCCCUAGCAAGGUAGAGUCAUUUGGCCAUAAACAGUGAAUUUGUAAUCUCCGACUUCUCUGAGGUGAACGUGAGAUUUUCAGCUUCAGGUGGAACACAGCACGGGGACGGUUUGUUGUGGUUUGUGACCUCUGACGAACUCGUUGGUCUAAAACGGUUGUUGGAGAUUCCUACUUUUUGGAUCAACUCCAGCUACAAGAAGUAUUUUGUUGCAAUUUUUGCAUUGAUUAGUGUGCAAUUAAUGUAGAACUGAUUUUAAUUAGGAAUGAGGUAUCAACGUCUGCCCAGCCUUUAAGGUACACAGUGGAAACUCUUCCCUUGUCAUUCUUCCGUCGCCUUAACCUUAACUAAGCAAACUUUGUGGCAGUCAUACAUCCAAAUGCCACGUAGGAACCCUGUCUAUAGCGUUGCCUUGUUUUGCUGUUUGACUGUCCAGCCGUCUAUCCGUCUGCCUGACCACACGUGUCUGUUACCAUGGCCUCAUGCUGCCUUUUUUUUUCCUUCCUUCUUUUUUUUUUUUUUAAAAGACACAUUUACCUUUAAACCCUGACAAUCAAGGAUUGGGUCCUUUACUUGCUAGUCAGGGAUCCUCUCUCUGAACCUUAGGAAACCUAAGAAGCGCUUUCAAAUCUGCAGUCAGCACACCACACAGUAGAGGUUAGAUACUAUUACUACUUCCACAGAUCAAGAAAUCAUCAGCACCUCCUGUGAAUUAAAGUACCUGGCAUAGAGAAAUCCUUUUAGAGCUUUAGAGACAGAUUUGUGGAAACGCGUUUCAUCAGGAUGUGUUCGUCAGCUCAAAGCCGAACAUGUAAAUAAAUAAAGUAUAUAACACAAGUCCACUUUGCCACAUGGCAUCACUGUCAGUUUGUCAAAUUGGUACGCAGACUGUGUAGGGCUGCGGUCGCAUUGUGGUGUCGGUGGCACCACGAGAUUCCCGAAAAUGAGAAAGAUUGUUGUCUAUUUUGAUACCAGAGGAGACGUUUAUUUUUGUAAAAAAGACUGAUUUCCUUCCCACCCUCCCGAGUCUACCUGUUGCCUGGAUGAUUCUCAAUGUGAUUGAGCAUUGACCAAUUAUUAUCGAUUAUUUGUAUAAUUGUACAUACAGUUUGCAAAGGACCUUGAUGCUAUGAGCCUAAACUGUUGUUAUAAGCUUCUCUGUAAAAGGUUUUGGGUCUGAUUUGUUUUGUUUUUUUUCUUUCCCCUCUCCUCUUUGCUGUAACCUGAUGAAAAGUGAGAGAAAUGAGACCAAAGGGCAGACUGGAAAACCAGCGCUAUACUGGUCCACCAGGCAAACUGGAUCGUAUGAGAACUUCCAAUGCUUAAAUAAGAAGACAUAAAAAAUUUAAAUGUUGUGCAAGGAAAAAAUAAAAUAAAAUCUUGUCCUGACAAGAGUAAAAGACUAAAUUUAAGUCUUGUGUUUAUUGUUUACUUGUCUUUUAAAACUAAUUAAAAGGAAAUGCAAUUUGAUGAACAGACUGAUAUUUGGAAAUUCGAGCUGAUACAAAUUUGCAGGAAUCAAAGACGAUGGUUGUGUGGCUGUCUUCAGUCCUCCCAGUGGCUUCUUUUUCUCUCAGAUUCUCAAUGAAGCAGAAUUUAUGUUGUGAAAUUCUCCGACUUUAGUUCCAAGACUUCACCUUUCCUGUCUUCAUGGUUCAGCUUCAAACCUGAGAAAUUAGUCCACACUAAGAUCCACCAGUCACCAAGUAUCCUGUAAACACUAGCUGACUGAAUCUAGAAUGGUGGAGGGCUGAUAACACAUGAAGAUGACUGAUUUGUAUGCCUUGUCCUGGCCUAUUUUCAGUGAGUGAUGUUUUAAUUAAAGUUGCUUUGUGUUAUAAGCUUUAACUGCGCAUCGACAUUUGCACUUUCAUCCUCUUACUGUGUGACUGCUGCCAUACAGUGGAAGUGAACUUUUCUCUUUUCUUCUAGUAGAGACUGAUGCUGCUGUGGCAUCAUGUUCCCCCAGAGAACUCAUAAUAGAGGCCAGACCUCAGGUUUCAUAAGGGGCUGUGGGGAAGGACUCAAGAUGGUCCAGAAUGAACGGGGCCCUAUGGAGCUACAACAACAACAAAUUACAUUUUCUAGAAAGGGAAAAAAAAAAGCUGAAUUUCUUUUUAUUUUCAAUAGAUACAGUAUAGGUUGUUUUUUCGAUCUUUUAUGGGUGUCAGUUGUAAUGAAAUCACUUUAAAGCACCAUCAGCUGUUUUGCAACAUCCAAAAUUGAGAUUUCAGGAAUGAAAUGGCAGCAGCAGAAUUUCUGGCAGCACCCUAUUAAUGGCCUCUUAAAGGCCCUGCCGUCAUGUACCCAAAUGUUUAGAGAAAUAUCUAUUCAUUUUAUGUAAAUGGCAUUUUAGGUCACAGAAAACGGAGCUUUUAUUAAAUAAAUAAAUAAAAGCAGGAUUUCUGCUUUUAGGUGUUCAGAAGAAAAACUGAGACUUUGUCUUUUGGCAUCAUCGUGUACUUCUGAUCUGUUUCGACGUCAGAUCGGCCAACUUUUUUAUAAAAUUUGGGUAAUCACCACAGGUUACUUUGGCAUGCCCUCGACAGCGGCUUGGCCUUUUCAUGUGGAUGAAAAUAUUUUUUUCAGAUUAAUAGAUGAUGAUAACAAUAAUAAUAAUAAUAAUAAUAACUGUAUGCAGCCCUUUACUUACUUUUUUUUUUUCUUUUGAAUUAUAACUGGAGUCAAAAAUAUUUUUAAUGAAACUCAUCUUUCGUAUCCUGUUAAUACAUUAUUUCAAAUUAAGAAAUAUUUAGGAAAGUUAAGUUUUCUUGCUCAUGUUAACUUUAACCUCCUAGGACCUGGUGUCCACAUCUGUCCCAUUUUGGGUUGUCUUGACCAAAAUACAAAAUUUUGCUCUACAGGGGCCUGAUAUCCACUUACAAGGACAUUAUACUGCCACUGUACAAUCGAAAUUUAAAGCGAAUGUCCUCCUAUGUGGAUCUCACUUUAUUUCAGGAACAAGAAACCGGUAAAAAAAUUAAAAAGUAAUUCUUUGGUUUUACAUUCAUCAGGUCCCAAUCAGCCCAAAUAGCACAGAAAAAUUAAAAAUGCAUGCCAGGAAGGAGGUUAAUGUGAAUGCUUUAAUAAAGAUUAUUUCCUCAUUAAAAAUGAGGAAUUGAUUCAUCAUCAGACAGGAAACAAAACCCAAAACAGCUCGAGCUUUGACGUUUCCUGCUGUUGAAGACAUGGACAGAAAAUUGCAGCCCUCGUUUUGGACAUUUUAAUAAAUAAAUAAUAAAAUUUUGUAAUCAGCUUCAUGUAAUUAUUUGAAAUAAGAAUACAAAAGAAAUAAUGUAAUCUUAAUAAACUUGCUUUUUGUGAUCACAAAGGUUUAGAGGUAAUCAUCUAAACAUGAGAAUUAUAUUUUUAAUGUUGCACAUUAACGUGAAAUGGUGAAGACUACAAAUCAUAAAUGAGAUGCGAGGCUGUGAUUCCACGAGACAAACCUUGUGAUUGGCAGUAAUUAUAGGUAUGACAUGGAAGUUGAGGUCCUUUAAAAAGGAGUUUUUCAAAAAGUCAAAGGGGGGACUGUUGUGUCACUGCCAGUAAUGACGUCUGAUUGGCUCUUUUGUUUAGGUAUUUUUUCUUGUGUACGCUGUGGUUUGAUUGGUUGCCCAGAUUUUUAUUUUUAUUUUUUCCCUUCUCGCCUUGCAUUUGUUCUGCUUCUUUACAAAAGUCUACUCCUUCUGCUUCAACUUCACCUCACUUCUGUUUUGUGUCUUUACAUGUUUCCUGCUUCUGUUUUUGCCUUUUUUCUAUCUGCUCUUUUAGAUUUUGUUACUUUUUGUUCCAAGUCCCUAACCUUCUUUUUUUUCUUUUUUUUUCUUGAAGCAAAUGAGCCCUGAGCCAUGUUUAUAGAUUGCUGAUUUUAGGUUACUUUAAAUACAUUUCUGCUUUUUUUCUUACAGUUUAGAGAAAGGAGGAAAUCCAACCUUUCACAAAGCUGAGAGAAUUCAUGUGCUUUGCAGCCGCGGUGAUGGUUGCGAUGAGAUCAUGUGUGCGUUUCUUCAAUAUUGUCGUGGAUUUUUGUUUUCCAGAACGUUUGUGUGUGAGUGUGUGUGAUUGUCCCAUGCACGCAAACAUAAAACAAAUACACAUACACACACGUGUAAAUACAAGGCGGUAUGACGCCAUGUUGUUUCUGUGUUUCAGUUGUUGCACGUGUCCUGAUUCAGGACAGAAUUUAAAUAAAGUUUUACCCCAA